AUGCUGAGACAUUUGUAUUUUUUAGAUAAUUGCUUUCUGUAUAAGAAAUAAGAAUAGAAACUCCUAAUGGAGAAUUCAGAAAAUAAGAUAGUUUUCUCAAAAAUAAAUUUGUAAUCUCAAAUGAUUGAAAAGGAGAUGUAGUUAAAUUGUAAAUAAAAACACAAUUAGAAAAUUGAAAAAGUCAGUUUAGAUCCAGAAAUGUAGAAAAAUGAGAAAUUACUAUGUUAUUAAUGUUUAUUCGACAUGAAAUAGGAUUAAAAAAAAAUAAAUUAUCGUGCUACUAUUUAAGUGAUAGAAGAAAAAUAGCAAUAAAAGAAUAUAUAAUUAGAAAAAAUAUUAAAUGAUAAUUUAAAAUAAAUAGAACAACUCUAAAGAGAUAUUAAUAUCUUCAAAAAUAAAUUAGUAUAAUAGUGUAAUAAAAUAAUUUAAAGUAUCAAUGAAUGGAUUCUUAAUAUUUAAUAAUUAGGUCGUUAUAAUGCACAGUAUAGUAUUUAUGACGAGAUAGAUAAUAUUAUUAAAAAUGAUAAGACGAUAUUCCCAAAAUAAUAAGAAUUAUUUUCAUAAAUUAAUUAAUUAAAUUAAUAAUAUUUAUGUAAUAUAAUUAAUGAAAUAUAAAAUUUAAAUUACAAGGAAGUACUAAUAAAAAGUUGUGAUGAUUUUAAAUAAGAACUUAUUAAUAUUAAUUUAGAUUUAGAUAAACAAGUCUUAAAAAUACAAGAAUAAAAGAAUAAUGAAGAAAGCUAUUUAAUAUAAAUAAAUCGUAUUGAAAAAUAAUUAAAGUAACAAUAAUCUAAUGGAAUUGUAAAAUUAAUACCUAUAAAAAUUUUAAACCUUUAAAAAACAGCCUCUAUGCCAGGUAUAUUUAAUUAUGAUUCAAGUCUUCUUAUCACUUCAGAUUAUUUAAAUAAUAUUUCUGUUUGGAAUUUUGAAGAUGGAAAACAAAAUGAAUUAACAACUUUUUCUGUUGGUAAAGCCAUACGAAAGAUUAUUUGUAGUAAAAAGUGUAAUAGUUUUAUUACAGGCUUAAAUGGUGGAGGAAUAUAUAUAUGGAAGCAAAUUAAUAAUAAAGAAUGGAAAAGGUCUGAAAAAUUUAAAAAGCAUGAAUUUUGGAUAAAUGAUAUGAUUUUAAAUAAAGCUGAAGAUUAAUUAUUUUCAGGAGGUGAAGAUCCAUAUAUUAAUAUUUGGACUGUAGAUUAUUUAAACAAUGAAUUGAGCUUUCUUUAUAAUUUGGAUUCAAAAACUAUCAAUAUUUAUUCAUUUAGUUUUAAUGACUCAGAAAAUCUUUUGAUAUCUUGUAGUGUUAUUGAAAUUAUUAUCUGGGAAAAAUUAUAAUCUAAUAAAUGGAAAUAUUUAUGUAACUAAAAGAUGGAACCGUAUUUUUAAGCAAAAUUUUUGAAAGAUAAUUGUUUUUGUAUUUUGCCGAUUAAUUAAAAAAUCAGUUCUAUUUCAAUAUAUGAAAUAUAUACAGGAAUUUUAAAGGAGAUAGAAGAUAAAAAGAUUGAAUUAAUCAAAGAUAAUGAUUGGGAAGAAAAAAUGAAUUUCCCAAUUCUAUACAAUAAAUUGAAAAAUAUUCUUAUCAUUAAAUCAAAAAGAUUUAUUUAUUUUAUCAGAUAAUUGUCAAAUGGAAGUUUUGAAAUUGUAAACAAAAUUAUUGUUAAAAAUGAUGUCCUUCGGGGAAUCUUGUCAGAUGAUGGAUAAUAUUUAGUUUUUUUUGAGCCUUCAACAAUGAGUUAAAUCACUUAUGAGUUAUUAUAUGAAUGA